ACCAAGCAUCACCGCGUCACAGCCCAGCAAGCCCGAUUCCAAAGCCCAUGGAGACGUGAGCCUCAGGAUGGAUCGCCCACGGCUGGAGUCCGACAUCCUCGGGGCCUAUGGCAGGUAUCCGCUGAUUGUGAAGAUUCCCAGCGCUGUGAUGACCGGGGGCACCCUGGGGUUCCGCUACACCGAAUACAAGAUCGAGGUGGAUGACUGUGGAAGGUGUUACUCGCGACAGAGAAGGUAUACCAUGUUCGCCUGGCUGCACGCAGAGCUGCGGCGCCGCGAGCUGGCGUGCGCCCUGCCAGAGCUACCUCCGAAGAAAAUCCUCGGCAAUCGAGACACCGCAUUUGUGGAAAGACGACGACAGCAGCUGGAGGACUACCUGAAGGCCCUGCUCAUGCUGCCGGCAGUCAUCCAGGAUGGCAUGAUUUGGGCCUUCCUGGAUGCUGACGAAGCAACGGCUGUAGUGCCAAGGUUUUUGUGCCGGCCGGCCACCCAUCAUGCUGCAGACAAGUGCCUCUCAGCACUGAAGCGGGCGGUGGCGGACAAGGAGACCGAGAUCUUUCGGCUUUGCGACGCCUCCGUGCUGGAGGAGCUGGCAAGCUUUGCAAAAGCGGAGGCAUCUGAGGAGGCAGUUGUGGCGGUGCCGCAGCAGGCGCAGCAGCUGCUGCAGGUGCGGCUAUGGAAUCGAAUAAAAUUGUGCUUCAUUCUGCUGCAGGUCAUUUGUUAUGACCGUGCGCGGCACAAACUCGUGCAGUCGGGCGUGUUUGGCGCCCUGCUGGCGCUUUUGUGCCGUGCGACGGAGGACGAGGCCGCAGCUAGAAGCAGCGACAGCUGGACAGAAAAUCACCACAAUGGCAGUCUGGCGGCCACCGACUGUGUGAAGCGCCUGAUCCAGGUAACCCAAGGUGAAGCGCUACUUGUGUUUUGCCAGCAGGACGGCGCUUUGGACGCCCUCCGCCGUUUGGCGACAGCGGAGUCCGAAGUGCUGCACGCUGUAUGUGCCUGGCUUCUUUGGUUCGGCCUGCGCUGCGGCGGGGUUGUCGCUGCACUUGCCGGCACGGCUGGAGGUUCCAACAACAGAGGCUUGUCGCUACUUGGGCGACUGCUAAAGUCACCAGAUCUUGGUGCGAGAGCCCUGGCUUCCUUAUGCAUUGGCUGCAUCGUACGCGAAGAGGGUGUCCUGGACGCUGACAGCCGGGAGCAUUGCCUGGAGGCGUUGGCCCCGUUGUCGGCCGAGAUGGACGCAAGGGAGAAGCGCUUCUUGUCGGACGCGGCUCGCUGCGCACUGGCAGGUCCUGCUAAGGAGACUGGCAGAUGUCCGUCCGUCAGUGGGAGCCUGGCCGCGUCCGAGGCACCCACGGUGAAGGAAUCAGUGGCCUCUGCGGACUCUGCGCGGACGCUCCGUUUGUCAGUGAGCGCGCACCGCGAGGACAAACCUGAGGAAGCUCCAAAGGUGCCCGUGAUCACACGAGAUCCGAACCUGGUGAAGCUGCUGGCAGAGAUUUGCAGUCCCAAGGAGCUCCCGCGGCUGCAGGUGCUGCUGGGACUCCAGGACGAUGGCGGUGAAUAUGGUGGUGUAGACACAGUCACUGCAGCUGCCGUGGCUGUGCUGGACCACUUCGUGCAGCACAGCGUGGAGAAGGAUUCUGCAAAGCUGCGAGAGCUUCAACCGCUGAUGCCGCAACUCCAACAGCUGGUAGAGGGCGGAGACGACGGACAGAUGGUGGAGGGAGGUGUGGGCGGCGCUGCCGCCGGAGAGCCUCCUGGGGCGCAGGUCUCUCGAGAGGAGGUCCGUGUUCGCGCUGCCCGCAUUCUGGUGAGAGUCAAGGAGGCCCAAGCAGAGGCCGCCUGCCGUGUGCCUCCCGAGCUCCCAGCCUUUGGCUCUCGGACUCGGAUCCUGGAAGUACUGAUGCGCCAUUCGGACACCUGCCAGGCAAGCGCAGGCGGGCGCAUUCUCCAGUUUCGCGAGCACUGUCAAGCACAAAGCGAACACAUCGUGGCUGGCAACCUGGGGAAGGCGCCGUGCGUCAGCGAGAAAGACUUCCAGGGCUUCCUGAAUGAGCUGGGCCAACUCACCUUGAGUCGCAGAUCCUUGAGCACCCAGAUGACGGGUUUGCAGAAAGCCCUCGAGGACAUGAAUGCUCGCUUGGAUCAGAACCGCGUCAGACACGGUAUUUUGGCCAAGGACGUGUUCGACCUGAACCGCAACUUUGAGGAACUGGCUGGGGAAUCCACCAGGACUGCAGAAGUGCUUGCGGAGCUGAAGAGAUGCGAAGAGGAGCAGCGCAAGAGCAACGAGGAGGUGGAUCACCUUACCGCUCAGCAGCGCGAGGCCAAGGUGGUGGCAGACAACUCCAGCAGCAAGGCAGCUGAGGCUGAGGCUCUGGCGAAGGACCUGAGCAAGCGCGAGGCAGACUUGGCGGAGUUCUGUCACACCGCCCCGGCGCAGCUGGAGCGAUGCCAGGCAAAGCUUGCAGAUGUUUCGGAGCAACGGGCCCACUUCGGGAAGCUUCGCGCAGAGCUGUCCAUGGAGGCGGAUCGCUGCGAGCGUCACCAGCAGGGCUUGCAAGAGGCACUCAAGGAGGCAGACGCGGCUCUGAAAGCAACAGCCCUCGUAGGUCGGGAGUUGGAAGCUUUACGGCCCAGCCUCAACUCGGAGCUCAUCAUGACAGAUGCAGAGGUGGCGCAGAUCCAGGCGCUGGAGGCCAAGUCGCCCUCCAAGCCAGCGCGGCUCCGGCAGAAAGAGAGGCGAAGCAGCGAAUCAAGCCUCUCAAAGGAGCCUAGGCACUGGAUGGAGGAGGCCCAGUUUCUUCCGGAGGAGUCUCCAAUAUCCUCGGAGGUCUUGGCUUCUGAAGCUGAAGCUGACGGGCCCAGCUGGGACGAUGCGGGUGCAGAGCAGGAGUUCCAUUCCGCGCAGCACUUCCGAGCCUUCAAGCGAUUGAACGAGGAGAGAGAACGACUCUGGCAAGAGGAGAGGCGCUGGCUGAAGGGAAGCCUUGAGCAAUGCGAGUCCAACUUGUCCAAGCUGCAGAAGCAGUGCCAAGAGGCGGAAAGCCAGGAGCGCCAGGCGCAUUCGGCCGAGGACGAGCUGCGGAAAGAGAUUGCUGUCCUAGACGAUGCGGAGGCGCAUGGCCAACGUGUGCUGGACGCGUGUGCUGCCGCAGAAGCUGCCCAUGCCAGCCACAAAGAGCUGCAAAGUGCUGCGGUGGAGGCUGCUGGUGCCCAGCAGAUGGCCGCUGCUCACAAGGAGCAGGCUAUGUCAAGGGCCGAAAAGGUCAACGCCCAGUUGGAGAUUGCGCGCGUGGCUGCCGAGGGAGAGGAGAAGCAGACGCUGAAGGUGCGGCAGGACCUGCAGCUUCGCUUUGUGGAGGUGGAAAAACGCGUGAGGGACUUCAUCCAGGAGUGGCGGUGCCUUGAGCAGGAGGAGCAGCGUUUGGCGGUUUUGCAGGAGCAUGUGGAUGAGGGGCUACGUUCAGAAGCCGACGGCCGGCAGCGAGUACGGGCAGAGGUUCAGAUUCUCGUGGAGAGUCUGCGCGAGCUGGAUCACCAGCUGGACCAACCAGAGGCAAGCUUGUAGCUUGCAUUUGCUGAGCUCUUCCAAGAAGAGCCGCAGAGAGUAGCUUCCGGUUCCAGGAAAGAGCUUUUGCAGCCCGCCUUAAUCUAUCAGAUGAUACGAGAGUCUCAAUGAGGCUCUUUCUUUCUCUGCUUAGUCCAAGAGAGGCGCACAGAAGGCUUCAAAGCCCGGCAUCGAUCUGGCACAGCGGGAA